CCCUCAGCAUCAAUGGCAACCGUGGUGUCUCAACUCUGUUUCCCAGAAAGCUUCGCACGGCCGCCGCCGAAGUUGGAAUUUUUCGGUUAGCUGUUUUCGCCGGCAAUUAGUGGAAUUUGUCGGCUUGGUGUAGAAGACUCAUUGGGACUGCUCGAGGCCAGUUGCUAGGCAAGGGGAGCUUCGGUCAACUGCCAUCUGGGCCACUGCAACAGGAACCGUCAGAUUCAUCGCUUCCCUGAGACCUUCACCAUGCCACAUAUUGACAACGAUAUUAAACUGGAUUUCAAGGAUGUCCUGCUGAGGCCCAAGCGCAGCACCCUUAAGUCUCGAAGUGAGGUCGAUCUCACAAGAUCCUUUUCAUUUCGAAACUCCAAACAGACCUACACAGGGAUUCCCAUCAUUGCUGCCAAUAUGGAUACUGUAGGCACCUUUGAGAUGGCUAAGGUUCUUUGUAAGUUCUCACUCUUCACUACUGUCCAUAAGCACUACAGCUUCCAGGAGUGGAAAGAAUUUGCUACUCAGAAUCCUGACUGCCUUGAGCACGUUGCUGUCAGCUCAGGCACAGGCUCCUCCGACUUUGAACAACUGGAACGGAUCCUGGAAGCUAUCCCCCAGGUGAAAUAUAUCUGCCUGGAUGUGGCAAAUGGCUACUCAGAACACUUCGUUGAAUUUGUAAAGGAUGUGCGGAAGCGCUUCACUCAACAUACCAUCAUGGCAGGGAAUGUGGUAACAGGAGAGAUGGUGGAAGAACUGAUCCUUUCUGGGGCUGACAUCAUCAAAGUGGGCAUUGGGCCAGGCUCUGUGUGUACCACACGGAAGAAAACUGGAGUGGGCUAUCCACAGCUCAGUGCAGUGAUGGAGUGUGCAGAUGCUGCUCAUGGUCUCAAAGGCCACAUCAUUUCUGAUGGAGGCUGCAGCUGCCCUGGGGAUGUGGCCAAGGCUUUCGGGGCCGGGGCAGACUUUGUGAUGCUGGGUGGCAUGCUGGCAGGGCACACUGAGUCAGGUGGAGAGCUCAUCGAGCGGGAUGGCAAGAAGUACAAGCUCUUCUAUGGAAUGAGCUCUGAAAUGGCUAUGAAGAAGUAUGCGGGGGGUGUGGCCGAGUACAGGGCCUCAGAGGGAAAGACAGUGGAGGUCCCCUUUAAAGGGGAUGUGGAAUACACCAUCCGAGACAUCCUUGGAGGGAUCCGCUCUACAUGUACCUAUGUGGGUGCUGCUAAGCUAAAGGAGUUGAGCCGGAGAACUACCUUCAUCCGUGUCACCCAGCAAGUGAAUCCAAUCUUCAGUGAUGAAAGCUAGAC